GUAGAAUUAUUAAAAAAUUACAGAGGAAAAAAUACAUUUUAAUUAAUAAAUUGGUUUAAAAGCAUCACAUUCAGCAUUAACGAAGAACACAGCAUUAUUAUAUUAAUCAUUAAUUAUGGCAAGUUGGGAGCCACAGGCUGAAGGAUUAAAUCAGAUAAUAACGCUACUAAAACAGAGCCAGUCGACAGAUAAUCAAAUUCAAAGAAAUGUCCAAUUGAAAUUAGAGGAACUGAAUCGAUAUCCUGAUUUUAACAAUUAUUUAAUAUAUGUGCUCACGAAAUUAACAUCGCAAGAUGAGCCUACGCGCUCAUUGAGUGGCCUCAUAUUGAAGAAUAAUAUUAAAAUACAUGCAUCAACUUUACAACCUGAAAUCAUUGAAUACAUCAAGAAGGAAUGCUUAAUGGCACUUGGAGAUCCGUCACCAUUAAUUCGAGCAACUGUAGGAAUCUUGAUAACAACAAUUGCUAAUAAAGGAGGCAUUCUAAAUUGGCCAGAACUGUUGCCUACACUCUGUGAAAUGUUGGAUUCUCAAGAAUAUAGUAUUUGCGAAGGUGCUUUUGGUGCUUUACAAAAGAUUUGUGAAGAUUCAGCCGAAGUCCUCGAUAGUAACGAAUUAAAUCGACCAUUAAACAUAAUGAUUCCAAAGUUUCUUCAAUUUUUCCGCCAUUCAAGUCCAAAAAUCCGUUCUCAUGCUAUUGCCUGCAUUAAUCAGUUCAUCAUUCAUCGUACUCAAGCACUCAUGAUUCAUAUUGAUACAUUCAUUGAAAAUCUCUUUCAUUUAUCGAGUGAUGAGGAUCAUGAAGUAAGGAAGAAUGUAUGUAGAGGCUUAGUAAUGCUCUUGGAUGUACGAAUGGAUCGAUUAAUGCCACAUAUGAAUUCAAUUAUUGAGUAUAUGCUUGUUCGUACACAAGAUAAUGAUGAUACAGCAUUAGAGGCAUGUGAAUUUUGGCUAUCACUCGCUGAACAUCCAGUUUGUAAGGAAGUACUUGGUCCACAUCUUCAUAAGUUAGCACCUGUCUUGGUUAAAGGCAUGAAAUAUUCCGAAAUUGAUAUAAUCAUAUUGAAAGGCGAUGUCGAAGAAGACGAAUUCAUUCCGGACAGAGAUGAAGACAUAAAACCAAGAUUCCAUAAAUCUAGAACGCACACAGUUAAAGGAGAUGCACAUCAAACACCAAAUGAUGCAGACAUUGGAGAUUCAGACGAAGAGGACGAUGGCUUAGUUGACGAUUCAAAUUUAAGUGAUUGGAACUUGAGAAAGUGUUCAGCUGCAGCAUUAGACAUUCUUGCAAAUGUCUUUAAAGACGAAAUACUUCCGAUUUUGUUACCAAUCUUAAAAGAGACAUUAUUCCACGAACAAUGGGUUAUUAAGGAAAGUGGCAUACUCGCAUUGGGUGCUAUUGCUGAAGGCUGCAUGAACGGAAUGAUUCCGCAUUUACCCGAACUUAUUCCAUUCUUAAUUAAUUGUCUGAGCGAUAAGAAGGCAUUAGUAAGAUCAAUUACGUGUUGGACAUUAUCACGUUAUGCUCACUGGGUUGUUUCACAGCCGCACGAUCAAUAUUUGAAACCAUUGAUUGAGGAAUUACUUAAGAGAAUUUUGGAUGCAAAUAAGAGAGUUCAGGAAGCAGCAUGCUCUAGUUUUGCUAGCUUAGAGGAAGAAGCCUGCACCGAAUUAGUUCCUUAUUUAGGAUUUAUUCUAAAAACUUUAGUUUUUGCCUUUAGUAAAUAUCAACAUAAAAAUCUUCUCAUACUAUACGAUGCAAUUGGAACAUUGGCAGACUCUGUUGGACAUCAUCUUAACAAGUCUGAAUACAUUAACUUGUUGAUGCCGCCACUCAUUCAAAAAUGGAAUAUGCUAAAGGAUGAAGACAAAGAUUUAUUUCCACUCCUUGAAUGUCUUUCGAGUGUUGCAACAGCUCUACAAAGUGGUUUUCUUCCUUACUGUGAGCCUGUCUAUCGUAGAUGCAUAUCAUUAAUCCAACAGACAUUAAAUCAAGAGAUUGCAAGCACAACUUCACCAGGACAUUAUGAUUCGCCAGACAAGGAUUUCAUGAUUGUUGCAUUGGAUCUACUAAGCGGACUCGCUGAAGGACUUGACAUUCACAUUGAAUCACUUGUAAUGAGCAGCAAUAUUAUGCAGUUGCUUUAUCAAUGCAUGCAAGAUUCGAUGCCUGAGGUUCGACAGUCCUCGUUUGCACUUCUUGGGGAUUUGACAAAGGCAUGCUUUCCGCAUGUACAUCCAUACAUUUCCGAUUUCUUACCUAUUUUGGGUAACAAUUUGAAUCCCGAAUAUAUUUCAGUUUGUAAUAAUGCAACAUGGGCGAUUGGAGAGAUUAGCAUAAAGCUUGGUGCUGAUACGAAACCAUUUAUUCCGAUGGUUCUUCAUCAAUUAAUUGAAAUAAUUAAGAGUCAAAAUACUCCAAAAACUCUUCUUGAAAAUACAGCAAUUACGAUUGGUCGUCUUGGUUUUGUGUGUCCGAUGGAAGUUGCACCUUCAUUACAGCAAUUUGUCAGACAGUGGUGUUCAUCGUUGCGAAAUAUUCGUGACAACGAGGAAAAGGACUCAGCCUUUCGUGGCAUGUGUCAAAUGAUUUCUGUAAAUCCUUCUGGUGUAGUUCCCGAUUUCAUAUUCUUCUGCGACGCAGCUGCUUCAUGGAGCAGUCCCAAACCAGACCUUCAUGAGAUGUUGAAGAACAUUCUUCAUGGCUUCAAGACGCAAGUAGGAGAUGAGAAUUGGCGACAUUUUGUUGACCAAUUUCCACCUCAAUUAGCAGAACGACUCAAUGCGAUGUAUGACAUUUAAAAUAUAAUAUCUUACUCCAUACAUUUCUCAUUAAUAAUGCUAAUUCUUCAAAUCAAUCAUUAACAAACAAAAAACAUUUAAAUGUGAGAUAUAAAUAUUUUAAAGAAAUUAUCAAAACUCCCGUGUUAUUUGAGGUGAAAAUGACACAAACUCUUGAUCAUAUAUUUUCCUAUCUUUUUCAAAAAAAGAUUUAGAAUAGAAAUCAAUAUUCAAAAUUUUUAUUUACUUCUUUGAUGACAGAUGAACUCUUUUUUAAAACAAUUUAUAAAUAUAUUUUACAAUUCUCCAAAAGUUACAAAACAUAAAGAAAUGAUUUUUUAACUUAAAAAUCAUGAGACAAUAGUUUUUCAUUUCCUUAAACAGAAUUUUUUCUUCUUUUCUUUAAAUU